AUGUCCAGCCCAAAGGAUUCACCUUCCAACGACCCUCCGUCGCAAGCAAGAGGCUCCAAGUCACCCAGCGCCAUGAAUGGAAAGCUGUUCCCUCAGCAGACAUAUGUCUCGCAACCUCUUACUGUUAAGAGAAAGAAGCGAUGGCACGCUAUUGCACUGUCAUUCGCUGCCCUGCUAUGGAUCACGUCGACGUCGCACUACGUCUCAAGGAUACAGCACCGGGCUACACUUCCUGGGCUGAACCUUCGCAGUUAUCCCGGUGAAAAGAUCAAAUGGUCACCAUGUGGCGAGAUUAAUGAUCAUGAGGUAGAGUGCAGCGACAUAAAUGUGCCAAUGGAUCAAUUCAAUGCCACAAACUCGGGUGACAAGACCUUCAACAUCCCAUUGAUUCGACUACGGGGCAAGAAUGCAACACAAAACGUGCUUCUCAACCCCGGUGGCCCAGGUGGCAGUGGAUUCGGUUUCCUCUAUGAGCUUGGCAGCGAGCUAAACACAAUUGUAGGAGAGAACUUCCACCUGCUGAGCUUCGAUCCUCGAGGUGUCAACUCAUCCACGCCUUUGGCGUCAUGCUACCCGGAUGAGGAGACAAAAACCAAGUUCCAUUAUAACCGCGAUGACGAUGUUGUCCGUGAUAGCGGGAAACGCCAUGCCUGGAGCACCAAUUAUGCCAAGGCAUGUGCUGAAAACAUGGGCGAGCACGGAAAAUAUGUCAACACGCCGCAAACUGCUGCCGACAUGAACAGCAUCCUUGAUGCUCUCGGGCAACGGGACAUGGUGUACUGGGGAUUUUCGUAUGGAACACUCUUGGGACAGACAUAUGCAACCAUGUUUCCCGAACGUUCUAAACGAGUCAUUAUCGACGGAGUUGCGAACCAGUUCGAGUGGUAUGAGGCGCAUAUUCUCGAAAUGGAUUUCGUCGACACCUUCAAAGUGAUAGAUGGGUUCUUUGACGAAUGUCUCAAGGCAGGUGGCGAUUGUCCCCUCGCCUCAUUUGCGAAGACCACAGCCGAGCUGAAGGGAAAGAUAUCCGGAAUCACGAGUCAAUUACAUGACGAGCCCAUCUCAGUCUACAAAGAUCCGUCAACGUAUGGUACCAUCGAUGCCAACAACUUCCUGAUAGAUGGCUUCUUCCGCGCGACAUACGCUCCAAAGGGCUGGCCCAAGUUCGCCCAAACCCUAGCCAAUCUUCUCAACGGCAAUGCAACAGAUGCCCUUCUAGCAUUCACAUUCUCAACCUUUGCCAAGAUCAAGGGCGAUUCUACAGACAUCAUUACCCUCAACGACGGCAUAUCCGGCGCCAAGUACUGGGCACAAGGACAUCAGGCGUACAAUGACAAAAUGCAACCUUUCUACAGAAACUUGUCUUUCGCCGCGACCCUCAGCAGACAAUACGGCGCAAAGCAGCAGUGGGCUAUUCCCCGGACACAUAACUACAUCCCGCAAAAGGGCGUCAAGACGACGCAUCCGCUGCUCAUCUUGUCCACGACAUAUGACCCAGUGUGCUCGCUUACUGCCGCAAGGACGGCAAAUGAGGCAUUUGUGGACUCGAGGCUGGUUGAGUUGAAGGCGUAUGGACAUUGUUCGCUGGCUAUGCCUUCGUUGUGUAUUGUGAAGCAUGUGAGGAACUUUCUGAGGGAUGGGAGUAUGCCUCCUGAGGGUGCUACGUGUGAGAUGGACGGGUCGUACUUUGGGAAGGAGGAUGGUAAGGUUGAGAAGAGGGGGGAUGGGGGCGAUGGGAAGAUUUUGGAGGCUCAGGAACGGAUUGCAGAGAAGAUGCGAUGGGUUCUUCCUUGA